AUGUUAGGACCUCCAUUUUUCAUUCUUAUAUCAUCGGCUGGGAUAUGGAACAACGAAGAGAUUUACAAUUACAAUACUGUAUAUCAUCAUCAAAUAGGGUCAGAUAUCCAAUACUUCAGCAGUCUACCACCCAUCGAAUAUACGAGUCGGAUUUCUAGAUUUAUCGAUAUAAACUUCCAGUUAUCUCGAUCAGGAUCCCGGAAUUUUAUCAAACCACCGGAUUACCAUACCAUAAAAAACCAACAAGCAUUCCUUAAAUCAUACCGAGAUUUUACUCAAAAUUACAUUGAAGAAAGUAAGGGAUUAGAUCAUGAGUACAAAAAUAGCUUCAACUAUCGAGAUUGUAGGCAACAGUUAGCGAGUAUAAGUCAAUAUUUCGUUCCAACUAUCUCUAAUAUCAUAGAUGGACAUUUAUCACAUUGCAAUGUGAAAUUACUCAUAGAGCUUAUUCAGUCCAAACAGCUCAGAAUUGGGAAAUCAGAAAGAGAUUGUAAAGCUGCAUCGCAUGAACUCUGCAUUAUUGGGGAUAGAAGCGUUCCGGCACAAUCGAUCAUCGAUGAAUUUGAACCCAUUUUCACUUUGGAAAGGCAAGACAGGAAAGCCUACCUUGUUACUGUUGCCGGGAAACUUAUGAUCAUUUUGCAACAGUCAAGAAAAAAACACAUCAUGUUCCCGAAACCUGGGGUCCAACAACAUACUGACAUCUAUCAAUUUUUAGUCACGUACUCAGCGUUUAAAUUUCCCAAAAAGCCAGAAAACCUAGGAUCAGCUCUCAUAGAUUUGUAUGCCAGUUCGAGUGAUGAAGGGGUCAGUUUGUGCAGAAAUUUACUUCGAAUUGACGAUUAA